CUUCGGGACGCGCAUGUGUUGUUGUUGGAUAAUUCUAGAAGAGCGUGAGUGAGAGUUCAGUUCUAGCGCUACUGACAGCACAGGGCCUGAGUUUGACCACCAGAGCUCAUCUAAUUAACUUUCAGCGGCUUUACAAAGACCUCUCACUCAGUGUCAUCUGCAUUUAGCGAUACAUAAGUCAGAGAUGUUGUCCGCGGCGAGGAGUGUGUCUCAGAAGUCCUGCAGCAGUGCUCUCAUCAAGAAGGCUUGUUGGAGUGGACUGACUCUCCAGACGGCGUGCAGACGGCGUUAUGCGUCGGAGGCGGUCCGAGGCGCCGUCAUCGGCAUUGACCUGGGAACCACCAACUCCUGCGUGGCUGUGAUGGAGGGGAAACAAGCAAAGGUGCUGGAGAACGCCGAGGGAGCGAGGACCACGCCGUCAGUGGUGGCCUUCACAGCUGAUGCAGAGAGACUCGUGGGAAUGCCAGCCAAACGCCAGGCCGUCACCAACCCCAACAACACGCUCUACGCUACUAAACGCCUGAUCGGACGCCGCUACGACGACCCUGAAGUUCAGAAAGACCUGAAGAACGUGCCCUAUAAGAUCGUGCGUGCGUCUAACGGAGACGCCUGGCUGGAGGCCCACGGUAAACUGUACUCUCCCAGUCAGGCCGGAGCCUUUAUCCUCAUGAAGAUGAAGGAGACCGCAGAGAGCUACCUGGGUCACGCGGUGAAGAACGCUGUUAUUACUGUACCUGCUUACUUCAACGACUCUCAGAGACAGGCGACUAAGGACGCCGGGCAGAUUGCAGGUUUGAAUGUGCUGCGUGUCAUUAAUGAGCCGACGGCUGCUGCUUUAGCCUACGGACUGGACAAGACUCAGGACAAAAUGAUCGCAGUGUAUGAUCUCGGCGGUGGGACGUUCGAUAUCUCUGUCCUGGAGAUCCAGAAGGGAGUUUUCGAGGUGAAGUCCACCAAUGGAGACACGUUCUUGGGCGGAGAAGAUUUCGACCAGCAUCUCCUCAGACAUAUAGUGAAGGAGUUCAAGAGAGAGUCUGGAGUGGAUCUGACCAAAGACAGCAUGGCUCUGCAGCGGGUGAGAGAGGCUGCUGAGAAGGCCAAGUGUGAGCUGUCCUCCUCUCUGCAGACGGACAUCAACCUGCCGUACCUGACGAUGGAUGCCUCUGGCCCCAAACACCUGAACAUGAAGCUGACCCGCGCUCAGUUCGAGGGCAUCGUGGGGGAUCUGAUCCGCAGGACCGUGGCGCCCUGUCAGAAGGCCAUGCAGGACGCAGAGGUCUCCAAGAGUGAGAUUGGAGAAGUGCUGCUGGUGGGAGGAAUGAGCCGCAUGCCGAAGGUCCAGCAGACGGUCCAGGAUCUGUUCGGUCGGGCUCCCAGUAAGUCUGUGAACCCCGAUGAAGCCGUGGCCAUCGGAGCGGCCAUCCAGGGAGGCGUUCUGGCCGGAGACGUGACCGACGUGCUGCUGCUGGACGUCACUCCUCUGUCUCUCGGCAUCGAGACUCUGGGGGGAGUCUUCACCAAACUCAUCAACAGAAACACAACCAUCCCCACCAAGAAGAGCCAGGUGUUCUCCACCGCUGCUGAUGGACAGACUCAGGUGGAGAUCAAGGUUUGUCAGGGAGAGCGAGAGAUGGCCACAGACAACAAGCUUCUGGGACAGUUCACGCUGGUCGGCAUCCCUCCAGCGCCUCGUGGAGUCCCGCAGAUUGAAGUCAGCUUUGAUAUCGACGCUAACGGGAUCGUGCACGUCUCCGCUAAAGACAAGGGCACCGGCCGAGAACAGCAGAUUGUGAUCCAGUCUUCUGGAGGCCUCAGCAAAGACGACAUAGAAAACAUGAUCAAGAACGCUGAGACGUACGCAGAGGAGGACCGGAGACGCAAGGAUCGCGUGGAAGCGGUCAACAUGGCCGAGGGCAUCGUGCACGACAGCGAGUCAAAGAUGGAGGAGUUUAAGGAGCAGCUGCCGGCGGAGGAGUGUGACAGACUGAAGGAGGAGGUGGCUAAAGUGCGAGAGCUGCUCUCGCGGAAGGACACGGAGACGGGAGAAAACAUCAAGCAAGCGGCCACAAGCCUGCAGCAGGCCUCGCUCAAACUCUUCGAGAUGGCAUACAAGAAGAUGGCGUCGGAGAGGGCAGGAGGAGAGACGGGGGAGAAGAAGGAGGGCCAGCAGUGAAGCCGUCUGGACUGAUCUCUCUCACACACACACACUGCUCCUCAUCCCUCUCUUAAUGUCACGUUCAUUCACUGUCUGCCUCAGGCUUGAAGUGAAGUGUGUCGAGUUGUCAUCCGGGCUUUAAUGUGAUCACAGACACGACUCAUUCCUUUCUUAAACACGUGAUUUAAUGCUGCUUUGAUUUGGGUUUUUGGGAACGAAUGAGGCUGAACGUGUGGCUGAACAACGUCUAAGUAUUUCAGUGUUUCAAUGUUUUCUAUUUAAAUGGCACAGUCUCUGUUCUGCUUGGAAACUUUCUCAGCUUUGAGCUGAGAGCAUGAAACUAUGAAUGAUAAACUCAAGAACAGAAGAAUAUGUGAUGUGGAAUUAAUAGUGCAGUCUAAUUGUCAUAUGUUCCC